UUCUGGUGUGACGCUAGGGUUUACGCCGACGUUGGGGGCGGAGAGGGAGGGUUGACUCUAAUGGCGCAUCGCAGUCCGACCGAUCCAGAUCUCCACAAAUAAACAACAGCAGUACUUCACUAUCUGACCUAAUUUAUACUUUUGCGAGUUCCACCGCGCUGCAGCCGCACUUUGCGCUUUUGCUCAUUGAUCAGAUCGGCUGGGCUUCUUUUUAGCGGCUGCUCGGAGCACAAGAGGCCCAGAGGGAAGACGGACGGAGGAUCGAGAAUAUGCAACAAACGUCAACAUGACGUCCAGAUUUAGUAAAACAUAUACACGGAAGGGAGGAGAGGCCAGCUCGAAGUUUGAUGAGGUGUUUUCUAAUAAGAAGGCCACGCUCAGCACCAAAUGGGGAGAGACCACCUAUAAGGCACAGUUGGGGGUCAAACGGCCCUCGUUCAAGCCAGAGGUUCCUGAGCUUACUAAACGACCCCGCUUUGAUGAUGAUGACAGCUCAGAGGACCCAUUUGGCUUUGACAGCGACGACGAGUCCAAAACUGUCACUUCCAGAGGUACUCCUCAAUCUGAGAUGGGCUCAGAUGCAACAGGAUCUGGGAAUGAGCUGAUAAAUAUUCCCAGUGGGGGCACAGCGGUGACCGCUAUGGGUACUUUCUCCUUGGGGAGCAGCUCAAACAUCUGCAGUGGGGUGGUUGGUAUGAAUAACCCAGCUCAAACGUAUCCAGCCACAUCACAUGUCACUGGCACUGUAGGAGCCUUUAGCAGAUCCAGUGUCACAGUAAGCAAACCAGUCUCCCAGGUCUCCAGCUUGAAAACCCACAGUAGUAACGUUUCCGAAGAAUGGGACUCUUUCGGGGAGGACUCCCCUCCUGGGGCCGGCGAGGGCAGUUCAACCCAAGAUGGGAACUCUUCUGAUGGGCUCAAGAGCUCAGAGCAGUGCACCGCUGAACCUGAACCUACAGUGGAACCUGUUGACUUUGAGCAGCUUCCGCUUCUCAAACCAUCCAGCAACAGAGUCUACCGACGACCACGAAAUAAAGGGGCGCAUAGUUCUGGAGCCGGUGAUGCACCAGUUCCUGCUGUGUGUCCAACACCAGCUUCUGUGCCGGUGAAGAGCGCCAGUGCAGGGGUCGCUGGGAGUUCUGAGGUCAAGCCUGCAGGUCGGGGUCGGGUGAGGGACUACACUGUUCUUCACCCAUCCUGUGUGUCUGUGUGUAAUGUGACCAUACAGGACUCUAUUGAAAGGAGCGUGGAUGAUUUUGUCACCCCAGUGCAAGCUGACAUGGGAGAGGCGGGAACCUUUAGGAGGAAAACGGACACACAAAUUGCCAAGCCUACCAGGUUCAGACCCACUCAGAGUAAAAGCAAAAAGGAGACGAAACUGGAGUUUUUUGGCUUUGAGGCUCAGGCCACAGAUGGAGACGCCACUGCAUCUGGGAGCACCAGCUACAAGAUCAAAUACUUUGGUUUUGACGAGCUGAGUGAGAGUGACAGCGAGGAUGAGGACGACUCAGCAGCUAAAGAAAGAAGGAAGAAUAAGAAGGCAGCAAUGGAAGCUUUGGCCACCCGCACGGGCAGUCCCCAGUUCAACGACUCGCAGGAGAGUCAACAGAGUCAAAGCAGCCUAAAUACAGAUUCGCAGGAGUCGCUGGAUGAGAUGGAAGCUUCCGGCUCACAGAAGGAACGACAUGGAAAGCAAACCGACAAGUCAAAGGAGAUCGGACGCAAGAUCUUCAGUGGGCCAAAAAAAUCUCCUGCUAAAGCAGUAUAUAAUGCUCGUCAUUGGAAUCAACCCGAGCCUGAGGAAGUGCCUCAUCCUGCUGCCUCUCAAACUGUGGCUGUGGCUGUACCUAAGGCCAGUGUGUCCAGCAGCAGCAAAGAUACAAAUUCCCAUAAAGAUGAUGGAGUGUUUAAAGCUCCGCCCCCUCCUCCUAAAGUCAUUAAGUCUGUCACUAUUCCCACUGUGCCAUACCAAGACAUCGUCACUGCACUAAAAUGCAGGACGGAGCACAAAGAGUUGUACACAGUGGUCCAACAUGUGAAGCACUUUAAUGAUGUGGUGGAGUUUGGGGAGAAUCAGGAGUUCACUGAUGACUUUGAGUAUCUGGAGACGGGCCUGAAUAGCACGCAACCCCUCAACACACGCUGCCUUAGUAUAAUCAGUCUGGCCACGCGCUGUGCGAUGCCAAGUUUCCGCAUGCACCUGAGGGCCAGAGGGAAGGUGGCCCAGGUCUUUAAGAUGCUCAGUGAUGCCCAAAAGCACCCAAAUCUGGCUCUCUGCACAGCGUCUCUGAUGUACAUACUGAGCCGAGACCGGCUGAAUAUGGAUCUGGACCGUUCCUGUCUGGAGCUGAUGAUCAGGCUGCUGGAACUAGAGCAGGAUGACUCUGUAGCGGACCAGUUAACAGCCAAAGAGAUGAGCAGAGUUAAAGAGAAGAUCCGCAAACUCUGCGAAACAGUCCACAACAAGCAUCUGAACCUGGAGAACAUCACAACAGGUCAUUUAGCGAUGGAAACGCUACUAUCUCUGACGUCAAAGCGAGCUGGAGACUGGUUUAAGGAGGAGCUGCGCUUACUUGGGGGACUGGACCACAUCGUAGAUAAAGUGAAAGAGUGUGUGGAGAACUUAAGUAAAGAAGAAGAUAAAGAGAGUCUGGUGGCAUCACUCUGGGGAGCGGAGCGCUGCUUACGAGUUCUGGAGAGUGUUACACUUCACAACCUUGAGAACCAGGCUUAUCUGAUCGCCUACAAGGAGUCCCAGCUCAUAGUGUCCUCAGCAAGGGCGCUGCAGCAUUGUGAGCAGAUGAUACAGCGUUACAGCCGAGAGGUCCCUUCAUCAAGCUCCGCCCCCCCACACAGUAGUCAUAGCAACGUGGGCAAGGCCGUGGAGGAUUGUAUGAGAGCCGUUAUCGGAGUUCUGCUCAACCUCACACAUGAUAACGAGUGGGGCAGCACUAAAACAGGUGAGCAGGAUGGCCUCCUUCUGACCGCUCUGGACUGCGUUCUUAAGGUCCCGCGUUAUUUGCCUCAGGAGCAGAGAUUCGACAUCCGUGUCCUGGGUCUUGGUCUGCUGAUAAAUCUGGUGGAGUACAGUGCCAGAAACAGACACUGUCUGGUGGAGAUGGAGCUGGAUUUGAGCUAUCUGAUGGAGACGGGGGUACACGUGAAGACAGAGAACGACGUGAAGACAGAAGGAGAGGAGGAGAGUGAGACGGAGGGCGAGAAGGGACCUACGACACUAAAGUCGUCAAACGCCCUGGCUGCUCUGGUUCAGCUCUUCCUUGAACGGGAGCAAGCAGCUGUGCUAGCUGAGGCGCAGACUGAUGAUCUCAUAAGUGAGGCACCCAAACCUCAGGCAGACCAGAGCGGAGAGUGGAAGGAAACAUCCGGAGAGAUCCAGUGGGUCGCCUCGGAAACCAAUGACACCAAUGAAACAAAUGACAAGAAAGAGGAGGAGGAAGAGGAGCUUGACCUCAAUAAAGCCCUGCAGCAUGCUGGAAAACACAUGGAGGACAGCAUUGUGGCAUCAUACUCAGCUCUUCUGCUUGGGUGUCUAUGUCAGGAGAGUCCGAUGAAUGUGAAAACCGUACGGGAAAAUCUUCCUAAGGGAGAUUUCUCUAUCAUGGCUGAAAUGCUGAAGAAAUUCCUUAAUUUCAUGAACCUGACGUGUUCUGUUGGAACCACAGGACAGAAAUCUAUCUCACGGGUGAUUGAUUAUUUGGAGCACUGUUAGCAGAGAUGUGUCGCAGUUCCCCCUCUUCCGUGGGAUAACUCUGGACCUGGCAACGUGCCUUAGGCCCUUCAGGACAAGAGGCAGCAGUUAAGGUGGUUAAGCGUCGCUACUGUCACGUCGCCUGAGCGACUCACUGCAGAGACUUUUGUUUCCCCCCUCUUUCUUUUUGCUUGUUUUUACAUUGUGUGUUUUUCAAAUGCUGUCUUUCUCUCCCAUGCUCUCUCACACACUCACUCAGUGGUGUGUUUGCAUAAUAUUUGGUUUUUGAAGCACUGAUCCCCAUGUAAAACAAAAACUAAACUGUGCGAUUUUAAGCUAGUUGUCCUUGCUUGUAUUGUAAAGAUUUACACUAAACCUAACUUAUUGAUAUUUCAAACCCUGAGGUCUGAGGCGUUGUUCACAGUUUUAGGACUGACUGUUUGCACACGAUGUUUGUUCAGACAGUGCAGUCGGUAUCCCUUGUAUUUACAUCCGUAAUGAUGUAAGCAUUAGCACAAUCCCAAAAGACUUUCUCAUACAUCAACUGAUAGUUUUAGAAACUGGAACGCCUCUUCUCAGGACCUAAUUUAUGAAUAUACUGCGCCCCAAAACUGGUGUUUACACACACUACCAUUUAAACAUCUCUUAUGCUAACCAAGGGUGCAUUUAUUUGAUCAAAAAUACAGUACACCAGUGCUAAUUUAAAGGAGAAAUUGGUGCUCAAGAAAUAUUUAUUAUUAUUAUCAAUUGUUGAAAACAGUAGUGCUGCUUAAUUUUGUGUGGAAAAUUCCAGGAUUCUUUGAUCAGCGUUGAACAGCAUUUAUUUGAAAUGGAAAUCUGUUUAAAAUGAUGUCUUUUACUGUCACUUUUUCAUCAAUUCAAUGCAUCCUUGAGAAAUUAAAUUAUUAAUUACUUCGGAGAAAAAAAAUCGUACAAACCCCAAACGUUUGAACGGUACAUGUUGCAUCCCAAAUGAAAAAUAUGUUCAAGUGCAAAUCCGAUCAUACUGUUCAGACAGAUGCGUGCCACAUGGAUGUGGUGUAGAUCAGGUUUUUGACUGCAAAAAAAAAAAGAAGAAAAUAUUGUUUCCGGUCUGAAGCAAGUCUAAGAUGCCUGAUACCAAAGAUAAACGCAAACAUGAAAACAAGUUGAAUUUUCUUGUCCCGCUUAAAGAAUGUUGUUUUACGACAAUGUCAUUGUUUCUUUCACAUGAAUUGAUUGACCAACUAUUAUGAUUAAUAUCUUUACCAUGAUAACAGCAAGAAAUGUUGAUGAUUUUACCUGGAUAUGUGGGAAGGAUUGUAGAGGUCUCUGGUUUCUUUGAUCAUCCUCUGGCUUCUGUAGUUUUAGUUUUUCUCCAUGUGAAGAAUCAUCACCUGACAUUACAAAUGAUUUUUAAAAAACAGAUUACAUUUUUUUUGUUUGUUUUUAAUCUAUUUUAGUUUUGUAGUCUGGGCUGUGUGAGGCCCAUUGUAAUGUUAAAAAAGGAAAAAAAAGACAGCACCUGAAAAGUGUUUUCAAUGUGUUUUAGCGUGUUAAUGAAUGACUUAUCAUCUGUUAAUUUAAUUAUACUCUGAUUUUAAUAUAAUAGAACAAUUGAGAUUUAUUGUUUUAGAAUUGUUUUUCUUUACUUUUUGAUGUUAUUCAGGAAAAUGUUUCUCCAUUGUUUUUUGUUUUUACUUUAUCCCGUGUGUCUGCAGAAUGACUGGAAGCUGCUUAAAGGUCUUAGAUUGAUCAAAAAAGAAAAGAAAAAAAAAAAGCAGUGCAUCAUUUUUCAGACUGAGUUAAGCAAAAGUGUCCUCUAUUCCUUUCAGAUCUUUACUGAAGCAGAGCCAUAUGGAGUAAAGCUUGUUCUAUUCUGUAAAACUGAAGCAAGUUUUACGACAAGUUAAUUUCCAGAUCUGAAAUUUUUCUUUUUUCAUUGUAAAUAUUUCUGUACAUAUUUGAUGUUAGACUGCUAGAAUACUUCCAAAUCACCAAACCUGAAUUUUGUUUAUUUUAUACUUCUUCCCCCCACCCACCUUUAUUGCAUUAUUUUAGAUAAAGGUAAAAGUACAAUUACAAGAAAUAUAUAAAUAUUAUAUAUAAAUAUAUAUAUUAAAGGACAAACAAUUUGUACCAUUUUCCAGGAUGUUGUCUUUGGUUACAAUGUAAAUAAUUUUACCUUGAAUAAAUACUUGCUACUUUCAA